GGACUCGAGGGAGAGAUCGUGACAAGGUCAAGGGGACAUCGACGUGCUCUCAGGCCACCAUUGCCGAUGUCAAAGCGUGGAUUGACGCUGUUGCCAGCAUCAACGAGUUGAAUGCGAUCCAGUAUUUAAAGAACGGAAUGGAUUUGUUUGAUAAGCUGGUGACAGAACGUGGGUUCCCUACAAAGAAGGCCCAAAAAGAUUAUGCUCGGAAGCUGUAUGAGAUGCUCCAGAAUGUGCAAGCGACGCUGGAGGAUCUUCUAGGAUUCUUCGAGGUGCACAGGUUCUUGACAGGACAAAUGAACCGCGCCGAGAUGGCCAAGUUUCUUGAGGUUUCCAAGUGCAGCGAUUACCGAAUAAUAUUCUU